AUAGUAAUCGUUUGUUUCUAGAAGGAUACUGGAAUACUCAUAAGUGGUUCUCCUUGUGCCUGGAAGAACACGGCGAUGAUGCAUGAUGUUCUUGUACUAAUGAGAUAUGGAUAAUGUACAAGUUAUUAUCUUGUCUUUGCUGUACAGUUAGCUGACCCUAUCAGUAUAAGGCCGUUGGCACUAUAUCCAUCCGUAUAGUCGACGUUGGUGUGAGAAAGGAAAAUUAGAUGGCAGUGAGCAGAAGGUUUCCGCAGUUCAUUUGUGACACCCACAAUCGUAAUAAAACGCUUAAUGAACGACAUUGAUAUUAAGUAUAAACAGAUGGCGAUGAAGUGGAUUGCCCGGUACAUAAAUACGUAAACAAGAGGCAAUUCGAACUGCUCUUUCUGCCAAUCCGAGAAACCAAUAUAGUGAGCUGAUUGAAGUUACUGAUGUUUGGAUCGGGGGCCUGUUCCUUCCCUGAAUUCAAAACUAAUGUGAGAAUCCGGCAGUCAAACGCGGUAGUUAUGCGCAGAAAAAGCCCUAUCUCACACUGACUGGCAAAACUAUCGAACUAAAAACACCGGCGAUAUGGCUAUACUAAAUUUUAGCGAAAUCUGGCGUUAAGGCGCAAAAAGGUUUUACUUACAGGCGGUUACUGUAGCUAGAACGUUCGCCGAUGUUAUAUACUUGACGGCCCUAAAAACAAAUGCAGUAGAAGGUGUUGAUAGCAAUUUAUAAUGUCGCACGACGGAGACAAAGAGGUCGACUGUUCUAACGCCAGCCGUGGGGUUUGGCUAGUAAAGGUUCCUAAAUACAUAGCCGAAAAAUGGGAGAAAGCGACUCCAAUGUCCGAGGCCGGCCGAAUAUCGAUUUCGAAGCUGGCUACCGGCAAAACUGAUAUUUCGUUCCGUCUCUCAAACGUCACAGCUGACGAGAAGAUUCCGAGUGAACACAAGUUCGUUAUCUCCAAUAUCCAGUCCCAAACGCUAGCGGUAUACUCGCAGCCGAAGGCAGUAAACGAAGACGGGGUGGAAUGUGGCAGUGGCAAGAUCUGUGUUGAGGGAUCUGUCGUGCAAAAGGGCGAAUGUCGUCCAAUUGGUAGCGAUAUCAAUUAUAUGAAUUUAAAACGACAGAAGAUUCUGGACGCAGCUCAGCCCAAAAGAACUGUAAUCGGCCUGGAUCGUGCGGUUAACAGCUUCAAGCCGGUUGCUCGUCACAAUUAUCAGGUGGAGUACGAAGCUCGAAAGAAGACCGAAGGCAAAAAAGCACGUGGAGAUCGUGAUCAAGUUCUCGAGAUGAUCUUUGCUGCAUUCGAAAAGCAUCAAUACUAUAACAUUAAAGAUUUGGAACGUAUCACGAAACAGCCUGCACCGUUCUUAAAGGAGCUGCUCAAAGAAGUGUGCAAUUAUAACGCCAAGAAUCCGCACCGAAACUUGUGGGAACUCAAGCCCGAAUACCGUCAUUAUAAGGAGGAUGAAGAAAAGAAAAAGGACGGUUCUAAGGAUUCGAAAGAUUCGAAGGAAGCCAAAGCAAGCUCCUAAACGUUCGGUAGACGUAUACACAAAUCGGGUUGCCAACUAAGGAUUUAAUGAGUCGUUAUGUGGCGAUGUUUCCUGCUAAAAUAAAGUUACUUCAUUUACUAACGUUCAUCAACCAUCACAAUCUGGUGUAGAUAAAGCAGUCCCUGUUGAAUUAGGUAUCUGUAACAGCUAUACCGAUGAUAUAUUGUGCAUACAAACAAUUAGUCAAUUGUAAAUUAUAUUGCAUCUUUGGGACUCUAGGUCUCCUGCUGCCACGUCAGCUGCGCGCCUUCAAGACCAUAAAGUUUGCCAUGUGUGGCACGCACUAUGGCCAGCAGGAUAUGUACAGACGUUAUAUUGGGUCAUGCUACAAUCACACAAAAAGUAUGUCCAGAAUAUUUGGAUCUAAUCCUUAUUAGGAGCAUCAUUUUUAUAAGAUCAUGGUACCACUAAAAUAUGAAGUACUUUUGUUCAAGAAUAAUUUUCAGUGGAACGUUUAUCGUAUUUAUAUCGUUAUAAUCUUUACGAUCUAGCAAAUUCUUUACAAUAGAUGAAUACAGGAUGAAAGAUUUUUUUUUAAUCAAAAGCUACUUUGUUUAUCAAAGUCACUCUAUCCUAAAAUAAAUCAGUCUAUCCGUCAAUUAAGUAUGUGUAUCAUUGUUCGGUUCAGUUACCACUCCCUCCGAAUCAAUGCAGUUCUCCAAGAGUGGGGCUACUUUUUGCCCUCAUGUCGUAAUAAUUGGCUAGAAAUCUGCUAGAACUGCUAUAGAUAAGCCCAUGCCUGUACAUUACCCUAUAGUAAUGUGUGUUGUGUCUGCAUGUGAUAAGCAUAUAACACGAUACGUACAUUUUAACGUGCGUAACUUUAGCAAGCCAGGCAAUUGCCUGAGUCAAACGUUGAGUAGGUAGACAAAGCUUGUUUUAUUUUUUCUUUCUUCAUUACAGUUUAAUUAAUUUAACCUGGUAUAUCAAUCGCAACGGACGUUGCCGAAACCAGUAACAUUCUUCGGUGAAAGAGAGAGAUACAGGAUGUCAAUGUGUAAUUCAAUAGUGUUCAAACCUAAUAAAGGGUAUA